GUUACUUGCAUCGUAUUAGAGUAUUUAACUUUAUUAUAUUACCGAAUAAUCUACAGAACAAUAAAUAGUAAGAAAUGAGGCCAGAGCUCGGGUCAUGAGUUUAAAGUCCUUCAGUAGCUCGGACUUAUCUGCCAGCGCACUAGGCGAGUUUAGUCACUUCCAGAGAUACAACGAUGCACUGGGCUGAAAUGAAGAAAGAUGAGCUUGAGAGGCAGUAUUCGCCCAGCCGAUGGUCGCGCAGGAUGUCGGCAGACGACGUGAUCAAGGCUCAUGUGAAGGCUGUAAAGGAAGGUACAGAGCGUGCCCGUGGUCUGGCUCAGACUUUGCUCAACGUGCCAUAUGGGGAGGGAGAUGGAGAGAAAUUGGACGUUUACAUACCCAGCACCAACUCUCUGGAUGUCCCCCUUGUUAUUUACAUACAUGGAGGCUACUGGCAGUUUCUCAGGUACAGUGUUAUGCUCCAUUCUGCUUUGCAAUGCGGAUAUAGAGUUUUCAUGUUGAUGCUUUUGUGCUCAUACAGCAAGGAGGAGUCAGGAUUCAUGGCUGUUCCACUCGUCGAUAAAGGUGUAGUGGUGGUUGCCGUAGGCUAUGACAUCGCGCCCAAAGGUAACAUGGACCUGAUGGUGUCUCAAGUACGCAGGAGUGUUGUGUCCGUUGUUCAGCAGUAUUCUCACAUCAGCGGUCUGUACCUGUGCGGCCACUCUGCUGGGGCUCACCUUGCCGCAAUGGUCCUCUCCACUGACUGGUCGCAGUACAGCAUCACUCCUCAGAUCAAAGGUGCUUUCCUUGUCAGUGGCAUAUAUGACCUCCUGCCCAUCCUGUCCACCUACGUCAACGAGCCUUUGAAGAUGACAGAGGAGGUGGCGGUGAGGAACAGCCCCAGCAAAUUGGUCCCUCAGCUCAAACUCUCCUUCUCUAGCUGCCACAUCGUUGUGGCCGUCGCUGAGAACGACUCACCGGAGUUUCGCAAGCAGUCGGAAGAAUAUUACAAAACUUUGGAGGCCUCAGGACUUGAUGUGACCAUGGAAGAUGUGCCCAACACAGACCACUUCAGUAUCAUUGAGCAACUGGUUGAUGGGGAGUACCACCUAACAAAGCUUCUCUUAAAGAUGAUGGGGAAGAGCUAAGGCGGAUCCAUCAUCUACUAUCUACAUACCUCUGUAUCAACAUACACCUCUGAACAGAGUCAUCGUGCACCGAUACUAAUAAAAUAUGCAUUAUUUCAGGUUUGUACAAUGUAAUUUGAGUGAUCAACAAUAAGAUGGCAUGGAUUGUUUUUGACUGUCUUGUUUACUGUUUCAUUAGUUAUAUCUCUUUGUCCGCUAUAGAUACUGCUAGAUAGAAAAUACCCUAAACAAACUUUAUAUGUUCCAACCAUGUUAACAUGUUGUGAAAACAUUAUGUGCCUAAAACACUUCAAGGAAGAUGAUUGUUGCAAAUUAUACUACAGGUCACCCCGCUCAUAAUCGGUCACAAGCAGAAUAUUUAAUGACUAUAAUGCACAGUGUUAUUGUAAGGAAAUACUUUUACACUGCAUACUAAAUGUUGUAGAGAGGGGGGGUUAGUUUUGGGUUAUUUCCAGUGUUUUGUAAAAGGGUGGGUCUGUCUGUUUUUGUUUUUUUCUUUCCUGUGACAGUCUGCAGCAUUAAAAUACAUGGGUAAGGCAAAAAUAUCGUCAACGGACAUAUCAUACAAAGUGAAUGUAGCUUUUUAUUGUAACCUAUACAAUUCUGAUAUCUCACCUGGGGAACUUUAAUGAAAACUAUAUAUUUGCACUCUUGGUUUCAUCCUAGUACAUUAGAAGAACACUGUUAACUGAUACACACGUUACGUACUGCCCUCAUUCUAGCAUCUUAAAUAAUUGUUUACAUUAUUGUUUACACAAAGUGUUCUAUUAAUCAUGACUGUAGAUUAUAAAGAGAAUAAUCACAAUAAAUAUUUAUAUUUGAGAAA